CAGAAAGACUGAGUUUUGUGUUUUGUCGAGGCCAUAGAAAGAUAUCUAAAAUGUUUUUGGGAAGUUUCACUUUUCAAAUUGUAAUGUCCCCUGUGUUUUGCCAGCGUUUAAGAGUAAUUUGCUAUGAAGUCUAAUCUGAGGCUCUCCCAUCAGAGCUGUCCUACUGCAGCACUGCACCGCUGUGGCACUUCCCCCUUCUAUGACAUCACUUCUGACAUCUUAUUCAGGGGGCGUGUCUAACAGAGAUUCCCGGCCAGGCACAGAUGUAUCUGCGCCUCUGAGAGCGAGAGAGAGAGAAAGAGAGAAAGAGAGGCAGGGAGGGCGAGAAGAGUUUGAACACACUGCAGAGGGAGUGCAGCUAUGGGGAACACGCAGGAGAAACCCUCGGGCAGCGGGGGAGGGGGAGCUAGACCGUACCAGGCCACAGCAGGAAGCGGGACGAGAAGCCGGGGUGGAGGCAGCGUGGAAAAGCCCCAGACUCAGAGAGCUCCAGAGAAGGGGGUGGCCAAUGGCACGCAGAUGGAAAACAGCCCUGCAUGUGGACAGGAAGAGAAGGGCAGACCUGCAGUGGACACAAGUUACCUGGACGCCCCUGCUGGCGCCCUUCCUCCUCACCUGGGUCGGCUCAAGAAUGAGGGAAACCACCUCUUCAAACAUGGCCAGUUUGGAGAUGCCUUGGAGAAGUACACCCAGGCCAUCGAUGGAUGUGCUGAAGCAGGCAUUGAUAGUCCAGAAGACCUGUGUAUUCUCUACUCCAACAGAGCUGCCUGUUACCUGAAGGAUGGAAACAGCAGGGACUGUAUACAGGACUGCACCAAGGCUUUGGAGCUGCAGCCCUACUCCUUGAAGCCCCUGUUGCGCAGAGCAAUGGCCUAUGAGUCACUGGAGCGCUACAGAAAGGCCUAUGUGGAUUAUAAGACCGUCCUGCAGAUUGACACCGGGGUGCAGGCUGCUCACGACAGCAUCCACAGGAUCACCAAGUUGCUGAUCGAGCAGGACGGGCCUGAGUGGAGAGAGAAGCUUCCAGAGAUCCCCGUCGUCCCUCUGUCUGUCCAGCAGGAACACAGACAGAAACCAGUCAGCAUUGAACAGGCCCAAGCCCGGGCCACCAGGGCUGCGCAGGAGGAAGGUGAAAGAAAAGAGGCCCGCUUUACUUUAUUGAAACAGGGAGGCAAUGAUCUGGUGAAGAAGGGCCACUUCGAGGAGGCUCUGGAGAAGUACAAUGAAUGUCUCACCAUAAAACCUGACGAAUGUUCUGUCUACACAAACAGAGCCAUUUGCUUCCUGAAGCUGAGUCGCUUUAAAGAGGCCAAACAGGACUGUGACUCUGCUCUGCAGCUGGAGCCGGGCAACAAGAAAGCCUUCUACAGACGAGCACUGGCUUAUAAAGGUUUACAGGACUAUCUGUCAGCCAGCAGUGACCUCCAGGAAGUCCUCCAGCUGGACCCAAACAUUAGGGAGGCUGAGCAGGAGCUUGAGGUGGUGACGAGCUUGUUGAGACAGAGCCUCAUGGACAGCACUGCACACACACCGAGGGUUUGAUGGCUCUCUGUGGAUCGAUAUAGAUGCAGAGGAAUGAAACAGGUGUGGACUCAUACUGAGCUGCAGCAGCUCUGGAGGAAAAAAGACUUUUAAAGCCAUCAGUUUGAGUAAGUAAGACCUGUACAAACAGAAAUGACUGGUGUUAACUCCUAGGACGGGCUCCUUGGACAACCAGCUUUUGAGCUCUGCACCAUCUGCAACGUGUGCAAACCACACCAUAACUCCUGAGUGCACAACCGUACAUAACGGGCAGCUUUAUUUAAAAAGGCUAAUGUCAAGGUGCUUUACCUGCUUGCACUAUAAGUCAUUCACAUUACGGUGUUAUGUAAUGUACAUACAGAUUAAUGUACCAGGCUGCAGAGCACUGUUAUUUGUUGGAAUGAAAUGGAGAAAGAAAGAGUGUGCCUUAUUGAGAUUUCUACUGGUUAGGAUGAAAUACGCCAAGAUUAAAUGUUUUAUUUUGAUUUGUUUUAAAGACAUUGUGUUUGGUCACAAAAUGAUUCAGUGAGCUCAUGACAAAAGGACAGACAGAAAUGGAUUCAACUCAACUAUACUGCAUGUUGGGAUAGAUAAGGCCCAGAGAGAUAGAAGAAGAUCAAUAGGUCAUUAUUUGGUACAUUCCCUGUGUAUCCAGGGUUUCACCUCCUCCAGCUGAUAUACAUGAUAUAUGUCACUGUUUACACUUAGUAUCAUUACAGCUGCUGCUAAUUUAACAAGACAAGCCAACAACUCACUUUAAACCAUCAUCAUCAUAACGUGUUGGCUAUUGCUUUAAAACAGAAUCAAUGACAACGCUGCUGUUUGAAUCAGCUCCUCUAACUAUCUUUUAGACCUGUAGACUGAAGUGAGAUGCUGUAACCAACUGGGAUUUAAGAUGGUAAAAUAAUGAUUUACCAUGAUUAAAAUAUCCAAUAAACUGACCUCACUGCUGAAGUCAUUGUUAAUCAUAAGGCUGCCGCUUUUCUAGUAUACAAUAAAUAUCCAGCUACUGAAGUUAGAGUUACAGCUCAUUUACUCAUGUACUAUAAGACUUACUGUAGGUCUCAGGUUCAGUCUUUAAUGUAACCAGGAUGACUGUGUGUGUCUUUGUGUAGGUGUGCAGAAUUUAAGUUUGGCAAGUCUCCUGCUGCAUCUGUAAUAACUAAUGUUCAUAUCUCCACACCCUCCCAUCUGCAACAAGGAACAAAGCAAGAAUGUCCUGCAUCACCCAUGUCAUUUGUUGUAUUCACAAAACAUGUUACGACUGAUGUGACUCCAAGCAAAACAGUCUGAUAAACUCAUAAAGUGUCUGACUACUGUCAAGUGGUUGAAGUCAGAGAUUCUGCCUUAACAAAUAUUAUCUGGGAUGCCGUAGUUGGGCGCCUUUAAGAGAGUGACCUUCAACAAACAGUUAGUACCUUGGAAACCAUUUCUGAAUAAACUGAACUUCAUUUCUUCUUUAAAUGGCUGAAUAUCAUCAGUUGAGAUGAAUAUGGUCAUAAAGGUCAAGUAGCUUUUUUCUCCACCAGCUCUCAGCCUGGUUUUCCUCUCUUGGUUUAGCAGUCUCUCCAUUUUACUUUUUAGUAUAAUCAGUAGCAGCUAAAGCGCCUUCACAGAGAUGGUUCACUUACACAGGUGUUUCCACUUAUUGUACCUGAUGAGACCUCAUUAGUGUGGCCCCUCCCUGAGCAGAGGGCUAAUUAACGAGAACUAAAAACACCUGUGUGAGUGAGCAGGUUCACUCACACAGAUAUGGUCAGAGCUGAUUUGUUUCUUUUGAAUAUGCAGCACUGUCUGGUUACUAGUUAUCCCGUCAGCUCUAAAACAUGGAGAAAAUAAUGUAAAUCUUUGUAUAGCACAAUGUGCCACAGCUUUUAUUUCACUUGUACUUUAUAGUAUUAACUUAUCCCUUGUUUUAUCUCCUGUUGUGUUUUUUUUCUUGUGUUGUCAGUACAAAAGCAUAAAAAUCUCAUCUAAAUGAAAACACUUGAUAUGAGGCUUAAUCGUUCCAGACGAUGUUCGUCUUGCUUCUUGGAAUGUAAAAGCAUGUACUGUAUGUAAAUAGUUUGAAUGCAAAUGUAAAUAAUAAACUGCAAUGUGAAUGCUU